GACAAGGACCAAUCACAACGCGAGACUGUUAUGCGGUUCCAUCCCAAAAACCGGGCCGGUGUAACUCGUCCUUGACAAAGUGGUGCUGGGAGACUCAAGUGGGUGAGAUAGAUAACUGAACGGGUGUGCUGGUUCCCUGGUCCGUCUGGUUUAGGGGGAUGCCUCCCUUGCCUGGGGCUGAGAUGGUGCGGACCCCUCUGCAGCUCUACCGCUACCUGCUGCGCUGCUGCAGACGGCUUCCAUCAGCAAGCAUGCAGCAGCAUUACAAGCAUGCAGCGAGACAGAGUUACAAAGCUCAUGGAGAUGAAGACGAUCCUCAGAGAAUACAGCAAAUCAUUAAAAGAGCCAUUGAGGAUGCGGACUGGAUAAUGGAUAAGUAUAAGAAAAAAUAGCCAACCGAAGACUGCGCUCUGAAAAGAGAUGAGGAAUCUGUCAAACUGUCAGCAUGGGGAACUAUACCUCUGCAGAGAGGGAGCAGCGAGGCUCUGGCUGUCCAAACAGGGUUUCUCUGUGGAAAGCAGCUGGACAUGCCCUGUCCUGUUACUGCACACUCAGAGAUGUUGUGUCUCAUUGGACUUGCCUGUCUACGAUCCCUCCAGCCCUCCAUCACGGGAUCAUCUGUUGUCAAUACAGAGCACUGGUUCAUUUGACAUCGCUGUAACUAAUGUGAUCUGUUUAUAAUCUGUACAAAACUGUGCCGAUCCAUGGGUUAUUGUAUGUAUUGUGUUUGGCUGAUGUAUGCUUUUAAAAGUGCUCUGAUUCACUCACAUAAAUAAAAUCUCUCACAAUCCUGAUUUAAGCGCAAUGACACCCCAAUCCAAGCUGUGCACCCGCUUAUCCGGUGUACUGAAGACACAAGGUUUGUGGUUAUAUUACACUCAUUCCAACACCCAGCUCUUUGGUGUGGCUUACACAACUGACUGGCAUUAUCAGUGUUUGAGUCUCUUGUUUUUGUUUGGGUAAUAUGUAUGGAAUAAACUCUGCCUUGCUGUUGGAUUGCUAU